GUUAUUUUCUAGCGGAAGAAGAUGGCGGCCUUGUUGUUCUUUAUCUGCAGUUACGUCACAAUGUGAAGGAGCAGGUUCGAUGUUCUCUGUCUCUAGGCUUUAGUCCAAGAUCAAAGAACAUCAGAAGGUUCCAGGAGGCGCUGAGUGUUUCCGCUCUGCCCAAACUGGACCGGACCGAACCGAACCGGACUGAAGGAUGGAGCUGCCUCAGAGGGAGCGGCUGUCUCAGCUGGUGGAGGAGCUGACCACAUCUGGACAGCAGCAGCUCCACCAGGAGAAGAUGAAGGAGCUGAAGAAGCUCUGCAGGCUGUCCACAGACUGCAUAGACCAUGUUUACCACUCAGUGAUGACGCAGCUCAGCCAGGAGCACGCUGAGAUCCGCCUGUCAGCCUUCCAGAUCACCGGCGAGCUCUUCUCCAGAUCCCAUCACUUCCGCACGCUGCUGGUGGACAACUUCCAGGAGUUCCUGGAGCUGACGGUGGAGACGGACAGCGAGCAGCCCCUCCCUCCUCCUAAAGAGGUAGCCAGGAAGCUGAGGGCGCUGGCCAUCCAGACCGUCCAAUCCUGGCAGACCUCCUACGGCUCGGCCUAUAAGAAGCUGGACCUGGGCUACCACUUCCUGAAGCGGGUGAAGAAGGUGGACUUCCAGGACGCUGAGGCCCGGACGGUGGCAGAGAGGAGGAGGGAGGAGGAGAGACAGAGGAAGAUGGAGCGGAUCUACAGGGCCAGAGUGGAGGCAGCAGCCAAAGACAUGGAAGAAUCCUACGGCGACAUGGAGGCGGCGCUGACUGAGAUGGAGUCCUGCAUGAAGCUGCUGUUCCCUGAAUUCAGCCUCUUCCUCCCAGACAGCAGCGGGCGGAGCGAGGAGGAGAAACCCUGCUGCAGCAGGAACCAGAACCCAGCAGGCCGAGGAGGCGCCAUGAUGGAGGAGAAGGAGAGAGACGCUGAGGAGAGAAGAGAGGAAGACGAGGGCAGGAAGAAGGAGGGAGGAGGAGGAGCAGAGGAAGACGAGGGCAGGAGGAAGGAGGGAGGAGGAGGAGCAGAGGAAGACGAUGGCAGGAUGAAGGAGGGAGGAGGAGGAGCAGAGGAAGACGAGGGCAGGAGGAAGGAGGGAGGAGGAGGAGCAGAGGAAAGCAGUGAGGAAGAGUCUGUUGAUGAAGACUCGUUCAUCAGGAGCUCCGGGCUCAUCUCUCACACCUACAGCCUGGACGUCAGCCUCAGUCCUGUUGUUCGUCUGAAGGAGACGGAGGACAACGAGCCGCUGGUGUCCACCAUGAUGGAGCUCCACAGGCUGAUCAGCAGCAGGCACCUCCCCGCCGUGCAGGGCUGGGUUCGGGUCUUCACCAAGGCCCACGCCGAGCCACAGCUGCUGAGGAGAGCGCUGAGUCUGAAGAAGGCUCUAGAAGCUGCGCUGCAGAAACACCAGGACCUGCACAUCGACUGCAAGAGCCGAGUCCGCAGAGUGAUGAAGGCCACCUCUGAUGGAGAGGAGGAUGAGGAUGAUGAGGAGGAAUUUGAAGAGGUUCCAGAAAAGGAAGGAUAUGAGCCGCACAUUCCUGAGCAUCUCCGUGCUGAGUACGGUCUGGAUCCGUCCCCCUCCACCUCAGCCGCUGCCCUCUCUCAGCAGAAGGCUCCGCCCAGGAGGCCCCCCGCCCCACCUGCUCUGUCCAGCUCCUCUUCCUCAUCUUCCUCCUCCAGGCGGAUGAAGAGGAUGAUGGAGGAAGAGCAGGACCCAACGUCUGCUGCCGCCACGCUGCGUCUCCUCAGAGAGAAGCUCCCCCUCCAUGGAGAGCCCAGCUGCAGCGGUUCUGAUGGUCCGGGUCAGUCGGGUCCAGAGCAGCAGGCUGCUGAGGUUCCAGUGGUUCCGUUUGGGUUGGACCUUUACUACUGGGGCCAGGAGCAGCCCAACGCUGGCAAGAUCAUAAAGUCGGCCUCCCAGCAUCAGUUCUGGGUUCCUGCGGAGGUGGAGGAGGAGGUGGAGAGCCAGGAGCUGCUGGCUCAGAGCAGGAGCCGCUAUAUCUCCUUCCCCGGGAAGUUCGUCCCCGUCAGCCAUUUCUGCAGAGCCCCGCUGGGGAACGGCGCCCUGUGCCAGAGACAGGACCGCCUCAAGUGCCCGUUCCACGGCCCCAUCGUCCCCCGAGACUCAGAGGGACGACCGUGCAGAGAGGAGGACCGGCAGAGGGAGGAGCAGAGGAGGAAGGAGCAGCAGCCUGACUGGCGUGAUGAUGAGCUGAUGCGGGACAUCGAGGCAGCCACCGGGGAGGACCUGGGCUCCUCUCGGAACCGCAGAGGGAAGAAGAAGAAGAAGUUCCCCAACCUGAGCGACCUGAAGCAGAGCAGCAACACGGCGCGCUCCAGGCUGCAGAGGAAGGUCUUCAACAAGAGCACCAUGCGCAGAGUAGCGGAUGUGCUGAGUAAGGCGGACAGGAGGAAACACGACAAGUUCUCCAACCAGUUCAACUACGCACUCAACUGACCCCCAUCCAGCUCCUCCAGAACCGGCAUAAGGAGCAGAGGAGGAGCACCCAGGAUGGGACAUGAACAGAACCAGUCAGCUGGACCGUCCCAUCAGGAACUGAAUAAAGCUCCUCUGACAGGAGGCCCUGAGGAGGACAGAACACUUCCUGUUUAGGCUCCGCUCUAAAGGCUCAUCCAGUCACGUGACUCUGAGCUCAAUAAACUGGAUUGAAUGAAUUCA